AUUCAUCUGAGUCAUAUCACAUGGCGACCAGCCCCAGCCGUGGUUCCAGGCGGGGAGACCUGACCUCCAGCCCCGGGAGAGACCUGCCCCCCUUCGAGGACGAGUCCGAGGGGCUCCUGGGUGAUGGUCCUCUGCCGGGGGAGGAGGAGGAGGGAGAUGGGGAGGAACUGAUCGGAGAUGCGAUGGAGAGGUGAGUAAGGGGAGGUGUUCAGUCAAGGUGGACAGAGUUUAUUUCAUUCUAGCUAACUUGAUAAACUAGCUGGGUUACUCUGGUUACAGUGUUAGUGACUGUUCUUAUUCCUUGUGGUGCAGUGUAACAUGAUUGCAAUAAAACAUGUAUUCAAUACCUGUUAGGGAUUCACUCAAAUUAAUUCAAAGUGGAAUUGAUCCUGGUCGUUUACCUCAUCCUGAGUUAUGACAUAGUUCUUUACAUGGUAUUCUGGUUGCUUUAUGGGUGCAGUUAUUCUCAAAGCAUUUUCAUGUUCACCACACACUAACCCCCCCCCCCCCCCCCCCCCCCCCCCCCCCCCCAAUACAGGGACUACCGAGCCAUCCCUGAGCUGGACAGGUAUGAGGAGGAGGGUCUGGAUCUUGAUGAGGAGCUGUCAGAGCUGUCUCCUGGAGCCAGGGCUGCAGCUGAGGACGCCAUGAGGAGAAGAGACAGGGAGCAGGGAGGCAGGCUGAGGAGAGGUCUGCUGUAUGGUGAGGAUGUUAUAUUAUAUACAUGAGACUCAGGGACAGGGAGGUAGGCUGAGGAAAUUAGGAUAUUAUAUAUAUAUAUAUAUAUAUAUAUAUAUAUAUAUAUAUACACACAUUAUGAUAGAUAUACAGUACCAGUCAACAUUUUGGACACUUACUCAAGGGUUUUUCUUUAUUUUUACUUUUUUUUUUACAUUGUAGAAUAAUAGUGAAGACAUCAAAACUAUGAAAUAACACAUAUGGAAUCAUGUAGUAACCAUGCAGCACUCAUCACUCUCCUUCUUGGUCAAAUAGCCCUUACACAGCUUGGAGGUGUGUUGGGUCAUUGUCCUGUUGAAAAACAAAUGACAGUCCUGCUAAGCCCAAAUCAGAUGGGAUGGCGUAUCGCUGCAGAAUGCUAUUGUAGCCGUGCUGGUUAAGUGUGCUUUGAAUUCGAAAUAAAUCACAGACGGUGUCACCAGCAAAGCACCAUAACACCUCCUCUCCUACUCUGCGUCUCACAAAGACACGCUGGUUGGAACCAAAAAUCUCAAAUUUGGACUCCAGACCAAAGGACACAUUUCCACCGGUCUAAUGUCCAUUGCUCGUGUUUCUUGGCCCAAACAGGUUUCUUCUUCUUAUUGGUGUCCUUUAGUAGUGGUUUCUUUACAGCAAUUCGACCAUGAAGGCCUGAUUCACACAGUCCCCUCUGAACAGUUGAUGUUGAGAUGUGUCUGUUACUUGAAGUCUGUGAAGCAUUUAUUUGAUUUGUUUAACACUUUUUUUGGUUACUACAUGAUUCCAUAUGUGUUAUUUCAUAGUUUUGACGUCUUCACUAUUAUUCUACAAUGUAGAAAAUAGUAAAAAAAAUAAAGAAACACCCUUGAACGAAUAGGUGUGUCCAAAUUUUUGACUGGUAGUGUAUAUAUCUCUCUUGAGGGGGCAGACUCAGGAGAGGACUGUUCUAUGGUAUGUACGCCAUACCUUCUGGUCAUGGUAAAGGCCCAGAGAGCCAAGUAUACCGUAGGCCAUUAAAACCCCUAGGUUUGGCCCGUAGCCUUUCUGUUUUGAUAAUACUGCAUUAGGCGUGUAUAUAUAUUAAUCUGCGUCGUUGUGGAAUAUAUGAAGUAACUCCAAACCUUGCUGCAGCAACGACAUCCACUAAUCGUCCUCCUUUCUGGAGGAUUAUCCUAAGCUUGCCACAUCAAUGAACGAUACUAAUUUUCUACUCAAUGGUCUUCCUCCUAACAGACAGUGAGGAUGAGGAUGAGCGCCCUGCCCGGAGGCGUCGCCUGGCUGAGCGGGCUGCAGAGGGGACCGGGGUGGAAGGAGAGGACGAAGAGAUGAUCGAGAGCAUCGAGAACCUGGAGGACAUGAAGGUAAGGAAAGAUGGUGGUUUUAAUUACCUUUUCAUUUUAUUAUCUGUGUAUUUUUUCAGAUUAUUAUUAUUAUUAAUUUAUUUCCCUGUGAAGUCCAUUAAUAUUGCUACCUUUUUUAAUGAAAUGUGGUAUACAAAUAUAUGGCCUCCCGAGUGGCGCAGUGGUCUAAGGCCGCUAGAGAUCCUGGUUCGAAUCCAGGCUCUGUCGUAGCCAGCCGCGACCGGGAGACCCAUGGGGCGGCGCACAAUUGGCCCAGCGUCGUCCAGGGUAGGGGAGGGAAUGGCCGGCAGGGAUGUAGCUCAGUUGGUAGAGCAUGGCGUUUGCAACGCCAGGGUUGUGGAUUCGAUUCCCACGGGGGGCCAGUAUGAAAAAAAUAAAAUAAAUAAUGUAUGCAUUCACUAACUGUAAGUCGCUCUGGAUAAGAGCGUCUGCUAAAUGACUAAAAAGUAAAUAAAGAUUGGUUGGUUGGUUGCAGGGUCACUCAGUCAGGGAAUGGGUGGUCAUGGCCGCUCCGCGUCUGGAGAUCUACCACCGCUUCAAGAACUUCCUGCGCACCCACGUGGAUGAGAACGGACACAACGUGUUCAAGGAGAAGAUCAGCGACAUGUGUAAAGGUAUUCAAUAAAAAUACUAUACUCAUCUAUCUGGAACUUCUCACAGACAACAAGGACAGGCUGGUGUGAGGACCUAGCAGCCAGGGAGCACUUCCUGCCUGAGGCCCCUACUGAGAUGUGGGGAAAAAAAUACAAAACAUUUUUUUAUUAUGUAUUUAAAUAACCAAUGAUAAUGUGUUUUUAAACCUUCCAGAGAACAAGGAGAGUCUGGUGGUGAACUACGAGGACCUAGCAGCCAGGGAGCAUGUCCUGGCCUACUUCCUGCCUGAGGCCCCUACUGAGAUGUUGAAGAUAUUUGACGAGGCAGCCAAGGAGGUGGUCCUGGCCAUGUACCCCAAAUACGACCGCAUCGCCCACGAGAUCCACGUCAGGAUCUGCAACCUGCCCCUGGUCGAAGAGCUGAGAUCCCUCAGGUAAAUACGGAUAGGAAAUGAUCAUGUGUCUUCCAUGAUUUUUUAAAAAGUAGACUCAGCGAUACAAAGUAGGCAUUAGAUUGCGCCGACUUCUGCAACAACAAAGACGGAGGCUAAUCUCCUCUACAGCUAUUAUUUGACCCUGCUGGUCAUCUAUGAAGGUUUGAACAUCUUGAAGAACUAUCUGGCCUUAACUCCAAACUCUUAUAAUCUCCACCCGGCACAACCAGAAGAGGACUGGCCACCCCUCAGAGCCUGCUUCCUCUCUAGGUUUCUUCCUAGGUUCCUGCCUUUCUAGGGAGUUUUUCCUAGCCACCGUGCUUCUACAUCUGCAUUGCUUGCUCUUUGGGGUUUUUAGGCUGGGUUUCUGUAUAAGCACUUUGUGACAUCUGCUGAUGUAAAAAGGGCUUUAUAAAUGUGAAUUGAGGUAGAACAUUAGAGCGACGCGAACUCCCAUGCACACAGGCAGAUACUCUGUGGGGGGUGCAGCCUCUUGCAUCAUUCCCUCUGUAGGACUAAUAGGAUUUAUUUGCCUCUUUCCAAUACGUGAUCCUUAGUUUCUUCCUGUUCUCCUCUCCAGACAACUCCACCUGAACCAGUUGAUCCGUACCAGUGGAGUGGUGACCUGCUGUACAGGUGUUCUACCCCAGCUGGGCAUGGUCAAGUACAACUGUAACAAGUGUAACUUCAUCAUGGGGCCCUUCUUCCAGUCUCAGAACCAGGAAGUGAAGCCAGGGUCUUGCCCAGAGUGCCAGUCCUUCGGCCCCUUUGACAUCAAUAUGGAGUUGGUGAGUCAGUCGACCAAUACAUAUGCUCUAAGGUAGUGGACCAAUAGCAAUACAGAAUCUAGGUGAGUGGACCAAUAGAAAUUGAGAAUCUAAUGAGAACGAGGAAGUGAUGCCGGAAUCCUGCCGAGUGCCAGUCGACCAAUCAGGCUCUUGACACGUACGACCCUGGUGACUUGAUUUUCAUCCUGGCACCCUUCCCACUAUUUCUCUGAUUAUUUUUUUUUAUAAAUACAGAAAGAAAAAGUGGAAUAAUAAUACUUUUUCCUUCCGCAGACUGUGUACCAGAACUACCAGCGAAUCACCAUCCAGGAGAGCCCUGGGAAGAUCGCCGCUGGCCGCCUCCCACGCUCCAAAGAUGCCAUCCUGUUGGCUGACCUGGUGGACCAAUGCAAACCUGGAGACGAAAUAGUGAGUGACUCCUAACAGAACUAACCUUUUGUAGUUCUCAACAGCGUAGGGUACAGUGCCAUUAUCUGCUAGUGUGAUGUACAGGGACUUGAACUCCAUUUUCAAGUGUGGUUUCAGAGGUAGAUGUCAAACAACAUUGUACCCCAUUUUUGAACAUUCAUACGUUUUGUUCAUACUAGUAAAAAUACCAAGGCACUCUUCAUAUUUGGGGCAAAAGUUAAAAAGCCUUUAAGUUGUCAUCUUUUAUAUUAUUCUCCCAAGUCUAACUCCUCUUUUCCUCCAGGAACUGACGGGCAUCUACAACAACAACUAUGACGGCUCUCUGAACAUGGCCAACGGCUUCCCAGUGUUUGCUACGGUCAUCAUGGCCAAUCAUAUCGCUCGUAGAGACAACAAAGUGGCCGUGGCCGAGCUCACUGACGAGGACAUCAAGGCCAUCGUGGCGCUGUCCAAGGACGAGCGAAUCGGAGAGAGGGUGAGUUAGGAAGACCCUGCUGAGACUACACUAUAUACAGAGCAUUAGGAAAGUAUUCAGACCCCUUGACUUUUUCCACAUUUUGUUACGUUACAGACUUAUUCUAAAAUUGAUUAAAUUGUUUUUUUCCCCUCAUCAAUCUACACACAACACCCCAUAAUGACAAAGCAAAAACACGUUUUUAGAAGUGUUUGCCAAUUGAAUAAAAAAUAAUAUAUAUCACAUUUACAUAAGUAUUCAGACCCUUUACUCAGUACUUUGUUGAAGCGCCUUUGGCAGCGAUUACAGCCUCAAGUCUUCUUGGGUAUGACGCUACAAGCUUGGCACACCUGUAUUUGGGGAGUUUCUCCCGUUCUUCUCUGCAGAUCCUCUCAAGCUCUGUCAGGUUGGAUGGGGAGCGUCGCUGCACAGCUAUUUUCAGGUCUCUCCAGAGAUGGAAAAAGUCAAGGGGUCUGAAUACUUUCCGAAGUCACUGUAUAUACAAAAGUAUGUGGACACCCCUUCAAAUGAGUAGUUUUGGCUAUUUCAGCCACAUAUAAUCGAGCAUACAUGCAAUCUCCAUAGACAAACAUUGGCAGUAGAAUGGCCUUACUGAAGAGCUCAGUGACUUUCAUCGUGGCACCGUCCGUCAUAGGAUGCCACCUUUCCAACAAGUCAGUUCCUCAAAUUUCUGCCCUGCUGGAGCUGUUAUUGUGCUGACGUUGCUUCCAGAGGCAGUUUGGAUCUCGGUAGUGAGUGUUGCAACCAAAGACAGAUGAUUUUUAGGCGCUACACGCUUCACCACUCGCCGGUCCUGUUCUGAGCCGGUUCGUGGCUGAGCCGUUGUUGCUCCUAGACGUUUCCACUUCACAAUAACAGCACUUACAGUUGACCGGGGCAGCUCUAGCAGGGCAGAAAUUUGAGGAACUGACUUGCUGGAAAGGUGGCCAUCCUAUGACGGUGCCACGUUGAAAGUCACUGAGUUCUUCAGUAAGGCCAUUCUACUGCCAAUGUUUGUCUAUGGAGAUUGCAUGGCGGUGUGCUUGAUUUUAUACACCUGUCAGCAACGGGUGUGGCUGAAAUAGCCGAAUCCACUAAUUUGAAGGGGUGUCCACAUACUUUAGUAUAUAUGCUGCAUCUGAGUACGCAAUUUUCGGUGACCUCUUUUGGCUCGUGGGCGCUACUUUCAGAAUUACUGGCUAGAAGGUAAACAAAAUAAUAUUUGUCUUGCAGCUCAGUAUGUAAAGCAAAUGUUGGUUGUCAUUACCCGUAGCUAGAUGGGCUUUAAGGAACUCCUUUUCUAGUCGUUGUUUUCGUUCCUCGUAUCAUUAAUAUUCCCAUUAAUCAUCCCCUGGUCUGUCUCCUGUCUCCUCUGCAGAUCUUUGCCAGUAUCGGCCCCUCCAUCUACGGCCAUGAGGACAUCAAGAGAGGCCUGGCUCUGGCUCUGUUUGGUGGAGAGCCCAAGAACCCAGGUUGGUGGACAAUAGAGAAGAUAAUUCCUGCGUCCCCAAUUCUGUACUCUUUUCCCUGAAGUGUGCACCACUCGUAUGCUUUUUAAAUCCCUGUGGUGUAGUGCACAAGUGCACACUUCAGGGGAAAGUGAUGGAGGAUUGGGAGCAGAGUUAGUUUACUGACUACACAACCUGACUAAAGGAAUUAUAACGUGUAACAGUAUUUACCUUGCUCUCUGUGUUCCAGGUGGGAAGCACAAGGUACGUGGGGACCUCAACGUGCUCUUGUGCGGUGACCCCGGUACGGCCAAGUCCCAGUUCCUGAAGUACGUGGAGAAGGUGGCCAGCAGAGCGGUGUUCACCACAGGCCAGGGAGCUUCCGCUGUGGGCCUGACCGCCUACGUACAGAGACACCCGGUCACCAGGGAGUGGACCCUGGAGGCUGGGGCUCUGGUGUUAGCGGACAGAGGGGUUUGUCUCAUCGACGAGUUUGAUAAGGUGAGGGUGAUUCUUUUAUUUUUAUACCCAUUAGCUGAUGCCUUAGUGACCGUUUUUGGGAGCGUGUGAUAUUCACAUCUCUCAUGAGUAUGGCCGGGAGUCUUUUUCUGGUCAGGAUGGGAGUCUUUUCUGAUCUAUAACAUCUAAUUGGGGCCAUGAGAUUUCCCUGAACAUGUGACCUGACCAGGUAAAAACUCUUUGCCCCACUCAAGAUGUGGGAAACAGUAUGUUGUUUAAAAAAUAUCUCUCCUCUCCAGAUGAACGAUGCAGACAGGACCAGUAUCCACGAAGCCAUGGAACAGCAGAGCAUCUCCAUCUCCAAGGCUGGCAUCGUCACCUCGCUCCAGGCACGCUGCACUAUCAUCGCUGCUGCCAACCCUAUUGGUGGUCGCUACGACCCGUCUCUGACCUUCUCUGAGAACGUGGAUCUGACCGAGCCCAUCGUGUCUCGUUUUGACGUCCUGUGUGUCGUCAGAGAUACUGUGGACCCAGUGCAGGUAACGCUGCAUAUCAACUAGCUUCUGAAAGCUAACUUCGUUCAUUACAGGAUUGUAAUAUAACUACUGUCGUUUAAUUGAUACUCUACAAAACCCUGACAACUCGACAUCUGUCAUCAGACCUUAACCUCUCUCUCUCUCUCUCUCUCUGCACUACGAUAGGAUGAGAUGCUGGCUCGUUUCGUGGUGGGCAGCCACAUCAAGCACCACCCCAGCAACAAGGAGGGUGGCGUGGCUGGCUUGGAGGAGGUGGUUCUGCCCAACACCACAGACGUGCCUCCUAUCCCCCAGGAGCUGCUGAGGAAAUACAUCAUGUACUCCAAGGAAAGGGUCCGGCCCAAACUCAACCAGAUGGACCAGGAUAAGGUGGCUCGCAUCUACAGCGACCUGCGCAAGGAGUCCAUGGUGAGUCUGACUCGACUGGUGUUGCCACACUUCCAAAAGUCUUGUUAACUUGGCUAUUCAGAACAAAACGUGAGAGAGCUGGAUAUCAAGGUUUCUGUGUGAACCGGGGUUUGAAUCCUGCGUACCACAAUACUGUGUUAGCCAGGUGAGCUUAAACCUGUCCCUAUGCUCAGGGAUCUAAUGCGACUCAUGUGCCAGACCUGAACAGCCAUAAUGCAAAAUGGAAUGUUGUUGACUUCAAGAAUUUAAAUGAAUUUAAGAAUGGAUCUUAACCCUGGAAUCAAUAGUAAUUAAUAGCGUUGUCUUCUCCUAGUCUCCUGUAAGGAGAGCAUCCUAGCUCAGUAUAUUGGGAGUGCUGUAGGAUCAAUAAUGAGUCAUAGCUGAACGUCUCCUCCUGUAGGUGGCUGAUCCAUGUUAGAGUAAUGUCUUGUGUGUGUAUUAUUAAAUCCAUAUAUUACUAUUGCGUAGGCGACAGGCAGCAUCCCCAUCACGGUGCGUCACAUCGAGUCUAUGAUCCGCAUGGCGGAGGCCCACGCCAGGAUGCACCUCCGAGACUACGUGGUGGAGGAUGACGUCAACAUGGCCAUCCGAGUCAUGCUGGAGAGCUUCAUCGACACGCAGAAGUUCAGCGUCAUGAGGAGCAUGAGGAAGGUGAGCGCAGCAACGGAGUCCUCCAAUAAAGUUAACUUUCUCGUGUCCGGGAAACCAGUCUGAGGAGUUUGGUGUAAGAGGAGGCUUGCUAGACGGCUCCCUCUAGUGACAUCCUGAAACCAACCCAGUCCCCCCCCCCCCCCCCCGUUACCUGGCGUUCAGACAGGACAACUGGCUGCUGUUUAUUCUGAAACCAACUUCCUUCCCUCUUUUCUCCCCCACCCCCCCCCCCUCAUCCUCUUCCCUCUAGACGUUUGCCCGUUACCUGGCGUUCAGAAAAGACAACAAUGAGUUGCUGCUGUUCGUCCUGAAGCAGCUGGUGUCGGAGCAGGUGGCGUAUCAGAGGAACCGAUACGGAGCCCAGCAGGACACCAUCGAGAUCCCAGAGAAAGACCUGGUGGACAAGGUAAUAAGCGUCUCAUCAUGGUGUAAAAUGUCUUCCUUUCCCGGGGUAACGUACUACACCAAGCCGCUAACCACGGUGCCAUCGCAAUAGUCCUGAGAUGGUUUUUUAAAUCUCUAACCGUUGGCUUGAUCUCAAUAAUGUAAAUUUGUUUCUAUUCAAUACUGAUAUAGUUUAUGAGUUGUUCGUGUCGCCCUCUCUCCUUCCCCAGGCCAGACAGAUCAGCAUCCACAACCUGUCAGCGUUCUAUGACAGCGAGGCGUUCCGAUCCAACAGGUUCUCUCACGACAUGAAGAAGAAGUUGAUCCUGCAGCAGUUCUAAAACGUGUUGUUGCCAGGGGAAAAAGACUAGCCUCUUGGUUGUGUUCUAAAUGCACCCCUAUCCCCUAUGUAGUGCACUACUUUUGAUCAGGGC